UUCUUGACUUUUGACAGCUGUCAUUUCAAAAAAUUGCAAAAUACAAACGAGAACUUAUUAAAUUAAACAAAAAGCCCCAUUUUAACUUAAAUGGUGCUUACCAAAGAAUAUCGAAUAUGCAUGCCAAUAACCGUGGAAGAAUACCAAAUCGGUCAGUUAUACAUGAUCGCCCGGCACAGUUUGGAGCAGUCCGGAAACGGGGAAGGAAUCGAAGUGGUCGAAAACAGCGAGUGCGUCGAUCCGAAGCACGGCAAGGGGAGGUUUACUGAGAAACGAAUACACCUAUCAAGCCGCUUGCCCUACUGGAUUCAGGCGAUGAUCCCGAAAAUCUUCUACGUCACCGAAAAGGCGUGGAAUUACUAUCCGUUUACCAUAACCGAGUAUACCUGUUCGUUUCUACCAAGAUUUAACAUAUCCAUUCAGACGACUUACGAGAAUAAUAACGGAUGUACGGAUAAUUCCUUAAAUUUAACACCCGAAGAAUUGGCAGAGAGAAGCGUGGAGCGGUUAGAUAUCGCCUAUGACGAAGUGACCCCGAAACAUUACAAGGAGGAAGAGGAUUUGAGGUUUUUUCAGUCGAAAAAGACACACCGGGGUCCGCUGGUUGAAGGGUGGCAGGAUAGUUACACUCCCAUCAUGUGCUCAUAUAAAAUUGUGAGGGCGUCCUUCGAGGUCUGGGGUUUGCAAACAAGAGUGGAGGAUUUUGUACAGUCGUGCGUAAGGGAGGUUCUACUUUUGGGUCAUCGGCAGGCGUUUGCCUGGAUCGACGACUGGAUUGAGAUGAGCCACGAAGACGUGAGGCAGUACGAGGGGAAGCUUCAAGUGCAGACUAAUCAAUUAGUGCAGCAAAGUGCACCGAGUGCACUUCAAGUUAGUUUACAGACGGCAGCUUGUGGUGAUUUCGACGCAAUUUCCGACGGAUGUUCAAUAGGCAGCACCCCAUCCAUUACACCUAACUCACCAAAGUCGCCGGCGAAAAAGGGUUACUUCUCGUGGUUUUAAGAACGCAAUUUCCUAGCUGUUUAUCGUCCUAUUUAUUUUACUUUAGUGAAAUCUGUAGACUGUUCGGGUUGUGUUCCUUAGAUUUUUAUUUUGUAUCGUAAUAAAAUGUAUUAUGUUACAUGGUGUUUGUACUUAACGCGCAUACUGUAUACUGUGUACAUAAAUGUAUUUGGUCUUAUCAUGAAAUAAAAGUGAGGAUCUAUUUCAA